AUGUCGUCGAUUUUCGGUUCCGGUUCUACCGCUGCUCCCCAGUCCUCUGCGGAGAUCAAGCAAGCUGUCCUGCGCCAGCUCCAGCAGGAGACCGCCAUGUCCAACGCCCGCGCUCUGAUCGGAAAAAUCAACAAGCACUGCUUCAAGGCCUGCGUUCCUUCCCCCGAUAGCUCGCUCUCGACCAAGGAGAACACCUGCCUCUCCAACUGCAUGGACAAGUACAUCGCCAUGUGGAACGUGACUAGCAAGACCUACAUCGCUCGUGUCAAUGUCGAGACCAAGCGCAUGGGUGGCCAGGAAGCUGCUGCCAUUGGCUCCAUGGCUAGCGGCCUCCCCGAGGGUGGUGGUGGCAUCAUGGGCUAA